AGAUGUACGAGUAACGGACGUGUGUACCCCCGCCCAUAUGUGUACUUUAUGCGAUCCUUGCCGACGAGUGGUUUUUUUGAGUUGUUAUGACCGUGUGUGCGCAGCGGGAGCAACUGUCUGGUUUUGGCAGGCAGUACCGAACAACACCUGUUGGGCUGUUUAGCGAGCCCAGCCAAUCUCCACCCGCUCGCUCUUCGCCUGAGCAGGCUGAGCUGCGUCGUCUGUCAAGCCGUUCCGCAAGCCCUGAGGUCGACUUCUCCUUCCUCUUCCUUGUCUUGACCCACCACCAUGUCGUCUCAUGGCACCCCAAACAUUGUCGGUGUCCACUACCGCGUUGGCAAGAAAAUCGGCGAGGGUUCCUUCGGCGUCAUCUUUGAAGGAACCAACCUGUUGAAUAGCCAGACCGUCGCCAUCAAGUUCGAACCACGCAAGGCCGAGGCACCCCAGUUACGCGAUGAGUGUCGCUCCUACAGAAUCCUCGCGGGUUGUCCUGGAAUCCCGCAGAUAUACCAUUUCGGACAGGAAGGCCUUCAUAACAUUCUAGUCAUAGACCUCCUCGGACCCAGUCUGGAAGACCUGUUUGAUAUGUGCGGACGCAAGUUCUCCAUCAAGACCGUUUGCAUGGCCGCGAAGCAGAUGGUUACUAGAGUACAAACUAUCCACGAGAAGAACCUCAUCUAUCGUGACAUCAAGCCAGACAACUUCCUCAUCGGUCGCCCCGGAACGAAGAAUGCCAAUGUAAUACAUGUUGUGGACUUUGGCAUGGCGAAGCAGUACAGGGACCCCAAGACAAAACAACACAUCCCCUAUCGCGAGCGGAAGAGCCUGAGCGGAACAGCACGGUACAUGAGUAUUAACACACAUUUGGGGCGAGAGCAAUCGAGAAGGGAUGACCUAGAAGCCCUCGGUCACGUUUUUAUGUACUUCCUGAGAGGUAGCUUGCCUUGGCAAGGUUUGAAGGCUGCCACGAACAAGCAAAAGUACGAGAAAAUCGGCGAGAAGAAACAGACAACUCAUAUCAAGGAACUGUGUGAAGGAUACCCUGAGGAAUUUUCUAUCUAUCUCAACUACGUCCGCAAACUUGGAUUCGAGGAGACUCCUGACUACGAUUUCCUGCGGGAUUUGUUUUCCAAGGUGCUGAAAAACAUCGGCGAAGUUGACGAUAGUGUCUUUGACUGGAACCUUCUGAAUGGCGGCAAAGGCUGGGAGGCGCCAACAGGCCAAGCGCAGCUCUCGCAGGUCCAGAAUAUCACUCCCCAGCCCCAAGAUCGCAGGAGAGACGCGGAACGCCAACGAGAUGCGGAGUGGCGGAGAGCUUCACAAGGUGUCGCGCCUCCUUCCCCCGCUCUCGUCCGUCAUGGGUCAAAGCGCAGAGGCCCCACUGGCACACCCGCUGGUACACCAGGCCAAGGCACACCCUUGUCUGGUGCGGCACACGUAAACGUGCCUAUAUCCACACCUCAGAACCGCGCAAGUCACAUCAGCGCCUCGCAGCAUCCGUAUGCAAACGCGGCCCCUGGUGCGGACUAUCCACAAGAGUCAAACGGAGAUUCCUACGCCGCGCAAGCAUAUGGGCGAGGGUCUCCCAUGGUAUCGACCGUUGCUCCACCAGCAAUCAGUAACGUGCGCGCACAAGGCAAUGAAGUUGGGGCAUCGCAAGGGGUUGGAGAGUAUCACGAGCAAGAUGGCGACGUUCUCCAACCCAAGUCGACUUUCUGGCAGAUCCUUACCUGCCGGUGUUGCUGAGAAACGACAUCGUGUCUCGUUGCGCAAUCCUUUUUCCCGCAGCUAUCGACGCCUCUCCAGCAGCUCUCGUCGACCAUUACUUUGGUUUCCUGAUAUAUACCCUUCCACUACAUGACCCCUAAUUGCAUUACUUGAUCAUACGAUCCUCUUUUUUUCCUCUUCUUUUCCUCACGGGACGCCGACUGUGGCGCGGACGAAACCUCGAACUA